UUUUCCUCAUUUCGCAUUCUUUAUCACUCACCUACUAUUCAUGAGCUAUACAUAUAUAUUUCGUCAAAACCUAUCUUCACUUCAUACUCAAAUUAAAACUCCAAGAGGAGCUUCAUGUUGCAUAUCCAUGGAGGCUGUUGAAUUAAGGGUACGCCUACAUUGCAAGAGUUGUGAGAAAACAGUUCGCAAAGCCUUGUGCAAGAUAAAAGGAGUAAAAUGUGUGCAAAUAGAUAAUGUAUCAAACCGAAUAACAGUGAUGGGUUACAUGGAGCGCAAAGUGGUAGUUAAAACUGUUUGGAAGACUGGAAUACGAGCUGAACUGUUGCCAUCAUCACAUCAUCUGGACUUGCCUAGUCCUAGACUCUCCACUGGAUUUAGAUGUAUCAUUCCUAAAUGUAGUAUUUAUUAGUUGGGUUCCGUUAUAGUCCAGCACUGAACCGGUCCAGUGUAAGGGAUAGUCAUGUAUUAUUAUGGCUGAAUAAUAUAAAAAUAACUUGUAAAA